UCUAAUCGAAAAAAGUUUUACAUAUAGUUUUACAUUUUACAUCUUUUUUGAAAGAGGCAAGUAAUUUAUGCGGUAAGGGAAGGGUAUAAUAAAUUUCCGGCAGUAAAUUUCGUCAACGUAAAUGACCAAUGUGUUGACGUGAUGUCUAUAAAAAUCAUAUUAACCGAAUAUAAUCGAGCGUAACUGGAUUUAAUCGAAGCUUAUAAAGUACCCCUUCCCCGAAAAUAUCAAACCACACUCUUCGCCUUUGACACAAUUGUAAGCUAUUGUGUUGUCUAUAUAUUCAAAUGCCAAUUAAAAUGAUUGAGUGUGCAUUAGUCAAUAAUUGUUGUUCAGUUAAGAUUCUCGUGAAGGAGAAUCCAGUAAAAAUAUCUGCAAUAGAAAAAAGUUAUCAUGUUCGGAACGUUAAAAAUAUUAUGUAUUUUAUUAAAAGUGUUAAUGCUAACGAGAACGGCCCUUGCGGUAUCUUUAGAGAAUGAAGAUAUUCAUAUAGUACAGAAUACACCAUCUUUCGAGUUCUACACAAUUAAUAAUUACCUGUUACGAGUCCAGAAGUUAUAUAUGCAGGAAUAUUUUAACAACAUAACUGAAAAAAAUGUAGUUGUUCUCAAGGAAGAUAGCACACUAUAUCCAGGAUGCAUCCCAAAUGAAUCAUUUCCUCUUCGGACAUUCGUAGAAUUCAAUAAUAGACUAACUAAGAAAAACAUUAGUGUGACACUAAGAUCGGACGAAUUUAAAAAUCAAUAUAUCAUACUACAUAUGAAUUAUGUUCAGUAUUGGAGCGAGGAUCUGAAAUCGAACGAUUCAAAUAAAUAUCAUAAAUACGCAGAUACAUAA